CGUCAAGUUUGCUGCAAAUUCGCUUGACUUCGGUCUCAGCUAAAUAUGUUAAUGCGACCUAAUGCAUUUCAUACCUACUGUGUCGAUUUGAAAACUAACGUAUAAGAUAAGGAACCAACAACGAAAUUCGUUUUGCUGUGUCAAGAUGCGAAACAUCUUUGUUAUGACAAGUGUCGUCUGAUCAUACAUUUGGUGAGCGAUGUCUGGUGGUCUGCAGACAAUCAGGAUUGAGAGUACGUACACUGGUCAGUGUGGCUAAUACCGUUCUAAAGGUCUGCCCUGAGAUCAGGCACCUGUUAACCAUUUGGAGAGAUCCUUUGGCUUAAUCCUUAACCACCAUGGCUGAGAAAAAAGGGAUCAACGGCAAGGCGGUUCCCAUGGAGGAUUAUGGGUCCCUGGGCAAAGCCGGAGAUAAAGUUCAUAUCAUGGGCGAUCAAGAUGAAACGAGCACAUCUAUGGAUGAAGGGUUACACAUGAAUGCCCCGUCCACCAGCCAGUAUGAACCUGGCUCGGAUAUUUUCUUUUCGGACAACAAAAGGCGAAUAGACUACAUGUUAGCCUUUGAGGAGCCGCUGGUUUCGAACAAAGCAAAGGAUGAGAAACAUGCACAGUGGCGACAGAAAUUCAUGAAAAGUCUGCGCAAAGUUGGCCUUCAGAUGGAAGAGGAAAAUGUUCAGAAUGAGAAGACUCUGAUAAACUUCAUCAAGUUGCAUGCGCCGUGGUCAGUGCUAUGUGAGUGGGCUGAACACCUCAGUAUGAGAGCACCACUGCAGGCACAUCCAAACCCCAGUAAUGACUGGUCAGGGAAGCUAUUGGCAAAACUCAAAGUUCCCAAUAUCAUGUAUCAGGAAGUACCGAAUACACCCCUGGAUUAUUACACCUGUGCUUUCAAAAAAUCCAAAAUGGAAAGAUUCCUUGGGAUAGAAAACAAAGAAACCUUCUUCAACCCACGUGACCGCAGUAGAGUUGUGUAUGAGAUUUUGGCGUCUGCACCAUACGGGAAGCGCAAGCGUGCGGAGAUCGGCAUAGAUCGUCUCCUGGAGGAGGAAAUUUACUCAGCUGCAUAUCCCAUUCAUGAUGGAGAGUUUGAGACGCCCCCUGGUCAGUACUCUGCCCCAGAAGCCUUGAACCCUCGCCAGAUCUUGUACGAGUACUGGGCACGCUGGGGAAGAUGGUACAAAUACCAACCACUGGACCACAUCCGAGAGUAUUUUGGAGAGAAAAUCGGCAUCUACUUUGCUUGGUUGGGGUUUUACACAGCCUGGUUGUUGCCAGCUUCUCUGGUUGGAGUGUUGGUCUUUCUGUAUGGAGUGCUCACCAUAUCCUGGAAUAUUCCUGCGAAGGAAGUGUGCAAUAGUGGUGAAGACUUCAAGAUGUGUCCUCUCUGUGAUGAGGACAUUGGCUGUGAGUUCUGGUAUCUCUCAGAUGUCUGCCUCUUCAUCAAGAUCUCCUACCUGUUUGACCAUCCGGGAACAGUUUUCUAUGCUGUGUUCAUAGCAUUUUGGGCUGUUACAUUCCUGGAAUACUGGAAGAGGAAAACUGCAAGUCUGGCACAUCAUUGGGACUGUCUGGACUUCGAAGAGGAAGAAGAGAGACCCCGCCCCCAGUAUGCUGCCAUGGCGCCAUUGAGGGAGAUAAACCCAAUAACAGGGAUUAGUGAGCCAUACUUCCCUGAUGAGAAAAGACUUCCAAGGAUUUUGUCUGGGAUGGCUAUGAUUAUCAUUAUGAUCGUUCUGGUCUUAAUCUUCAUUGUGGCUGUUAUUAUGUACAGAGUGCUCAUCAGUAUACCUUUAUUCCAAAGCAAAACUUUACGGCCAAACGCUGCAACCAUCGCCAGUAUGACUGCAGCUGUGGUCAACUUGAUCCUUAUCAUGGCGCUCGGAAAGGUUUACGAGAAAUUGGCUUUAAAACUGACUUUAUGGGAAAUGCAUCGAACACAGACAGAGUUUGAAGACCAGCUGACCUUCAAAGUUUUCAUUUUCCAAUUUGUCAACUUCUACUCCUCUAUAGUUUAUAUUGCAUUCUUCAAAGGAAAAUUUGUGGGUUACCCUGGCAACUACACGCGUUUCUUUGGUUUGAGGAAUGAGGAGUGUAACGCGGGUGGUUGUCUGGUAGAACUGGCUCAGCAGUUAGGCGUCAUCAUGAUCGGUAAACAGAUGAUCAACAAUGCUCAGGAGGUCAUUGUCCCAAAAUUUAAAACCUGGUUGCGGAAAAGGAAAGUGAAGCUGGGCAAUAAUGUGGCAAAGACAAGAUGGGAGGAAGACUAUCAGCUGAUUGACUAUGAGGGUCUCUUCCAGGAAUACCUGGAAAUGGUGCUACAGUUCGGCUUCAUCACCAUCUUUGUGGCUGCCUUCCCCUUGGCGCCCCUGUUUGCCCUCCUCAACAACUGGGUGGAGAUCCGCCUGGAUGCCCAGAAGCUGGUGUGUGAGACACGGAAACCUGUAGGGGAGAGGGCCCAGGACAUUGGUGUCUGGUUCACCAUAUUGGAAGCCCUGGCCAGCAUGGCUGUCAUCAGUAAUGCAUUUUUGAUAGCAUUCACGUCAGAGUUUUUGCCUCGGCUCUUGUACCAGUAUGAGAGAGACUUUAACCUCUGGGGUUAUACCAACUUCUCCUUAGCCUGGGCACCUAAUGGCACUCUCACCGAGCCCUGCAGGUAUCGAGCAUUCCGGGAUGAAAAUGGCGAUUACACUUUAUUCUACUGGCGACUCUUUGCAGUCAGACUAGGAUUUGUUAUUUUGUUUGAGCACAUAGUGUUUGGGAUCAACAGACUGAUCGACAUCUUGGUUCCCGAUGUGCCUCAGGCUCUGGAAGUGAAGAUAAAGCGAGAGCGAUACCUGGCCAAACAAGCACUGGCUGACACAAAUACUGUAUUUGGUAUCACAAAACCAAGUGAUAAAGAAGAUGCAAGUCCAGAUGAUGUUACAGUGAGAAUUGAAGGAAAAUAGCUUCCAACACUUAGGAACAUUCAUUAAUGUAUCCUCAUUAAAAACAAAUAUAUUUACUUGUGCUCUCAAACUGAUUUUAAUGAGUAACUAUUUGCAGGAUAUGUUUUUUUUCUUUUCUAAAGAUGUUAUCAAUAUUGAACUUGUUUUCUUUUUAUCC